AUGAGAAUCCAUUUCAUCUUAACUAUUUCGAUUAUUGUGACUUUAGCACACUGUGAAAAAAUAAUUAACGUGGGAGAGCCUUUGUAUUUAACACCAUACAUUGAAAAUGGUGAUAUUGAAACAGCAAAGAAAUUAGCUUUGGUUAAUUUAAAAGAUGCCGAAAACAUUACCAGCUAUGCAGGAUUGUUUACAGUAAAUAAAACAUAUGAUUCCGUCUUAUUUCAUUGGUAUUUUGUAUCUGAAAAUGAUCCCGAAAACGCACCAGUACUAUUUUGGUUGAAUGGUGGUCCAGGAACAUCUUCAUUACUUGGAUGCCUUCAAGAAAAUGGACCUUUUGAAGUGACUGGCGAUUUGAAUAUAAAAUUCCGAGAGUUUUACUGGACAAAAAAUCAUCAUGUUAUAUAUAUUGAGAGUCCGGUACGUACUGGAUAUAGUACAACAGCAACUGAGGACGGAAUGGCAAAAAGUUUGGAAGAUGUUUCUGAAAAUUUACAUAAAGCAUUAUUACAGUUCUUUGAAAUGUUUCCAAAUUUAAAGACCAAUGAUUUUUUUAUUACCGGUGAAUCGUUUGCUGGUAAAUGGAUACCAUCAUUGGGACAUCAAAUAUUAUCAAAAAAACAAAUAAAGAAUUUUAAAGGAGUUGCAAUAGGAAAUGGAAUAACUGAUUCUAUCCAAGGUUUUGGAAUUGGAGAUUAUUUGUAUCAACAAGGAUUUAUUGACGAUGAACAAUUAGAACUGUUUCAUGAAAAAGAAAAAGAAUGCGAAAGUGCUUUACAAAAUGUUCCUCAUGGUGCAAAAAAUGAAUCCGAACUUCUUGUAUGCCGGCAAAUAAUCGAUCCUUUUGAUAACAAAACCGUAUUCGCUAACACAACCGGUUACACUCAUAAUUAUAAUUUAUUGAUAUCCAGACAAAUUGUGAGUAAUGCUAAUCGAGAAGUAUAUUUACAGCUACCAGAAAUUCGGGAAGCUCUUCAUGUUGGAAACUUAACACGAUGGGGAAACUUUUCAGAUCACGCAAGUAUUCAAGAACAUUUAGGAGUUUCCAUGGUCCAAUCAGAGAAACCACAUGUUGAAGAGAUGUUAAAUAAUAAUUAUCAAGUUUUAAUUUAUAAUGGACAGUUAGAUGUUCAAGUACCAUACAUUACGACCGUCAACUAUAUUAAAAAGUUAAAUUUUACGCAUAGCAAAGAUUAUAAAAAGGCAUCACGUAAAAUUUGGUUACUUGAUGAUCAAGUCGCUGGAUAUAUUAAGAAGGCUGGUAGUUUAACUGAAGUUAUGGUUGUGGGAAGUGGUCAUAUGGUACCCACAGAUCAACCAAAACGUGCCUUCGAAUUGAUUACGAAUUUCACUAGAUAUUUAUUAGAUUAAUAUUUAUAUAUGUA